AUGGGGGUGCCACAUCUGUAUUGUAAUUGGAUCCUUUGUUUGCUCUGCAGUGUCUUAUCCCAGUGCAUCCAUGCCGUGGCGGCCCUGCUCUACCCCUUCACCUGGGCGCACACCUACAUCCCUGUGGUUCCUGAAUGCUUGAUCGACACUGUGUGUUGCCCCACUCCCUUCAUGGUCGGAGUCCAGAUACACCACCUGCAGCAGGUUCAGGAUCAGCCUAUGGAGGAGGUUCUGCUGGUCAACUUGGUUGAAGGAAAGAUCUUGAACUCGGUUGGGGAUGAAGAGGAGGUAUUGCCUGCUAAGCUGCAGAGUGAGAUGCUGACAUCUUUGGAUAGACACAACAGCAACAACAACGUACAGACCUCUGAACAAGUGAACGCUCAGGUUUCGGAGUGUUUUGUGCACUUCUUUGUCCGAACUGUUGGCCACUAUGCAGCGUACAUCAAAUGGAGCAAGAGCGGGCAGGGCACCCUGCAGGAGCGAGCGUUCUGUAAAGCCAUCACCUCCAAGUCCUGCCGCAAGUUUGUGAAAAAAUUUGUGAAGACGCAGAUGUUUUCCUUGUUUAUCCAGGAAGCAGAAAGGAGCAGAGCAACCCAAGAAGGGUGCUACUUCCAGCAGAAAAUAACUGAAUAUCAAGAACAAAAGAAACGGAGAAAUUCCUGAACUACUGCUCUUAAAGAGAGGAGCCUGGCUGGGCAGAUUGCUGCCUGUAGCUGUACUCUAUUUGGACUGAGCAAACAGCUCUUUCAAAGGCAGAAAGGCUUGUGGACUUUGCUGGCUGUGGGCAUCUCUACCCUCCUCCACCUAUCUGUGAAUAAUGAGAAGCCUAGUCAGCACAGAAGCCCGAUUCCUCCUCUGUCUCUUCUUUUUCAGGGCAUGAUUGCAUUAGAAGGUUCUUUUCUAUGCAGCUAACAAACAGGCCUGGGGUUGCUUUUGCAGUCCAACUAACCUGCAACAUUUGAACAAGUAGCAACCCAGGUCCUGUAACAAGUGCCUAUUGCUGUCUAUGCUGAAGAGAAGCAUGGACUUUAUGUGAAAGCUGAGUGAAAUCGAGGUGAGACUGGGCUUUCGCUGAAAUGCCCAAGGAUGUAGAAUAAUUGCUGCAAUAGAAUGUACUGAUAGAAAAUAUUUUAAUUAAAACAAUUUUUUUCAGC